ACGUCUUCUUUGCUCCAGUUCGAAGAAAGUAACACAAAGUACAGGUGCACCUGCCGGGACGGCAAACUAGACUGUCUUGCACUGUAAUGUGCACAUUUGCAAGCUGACGAGUGUGAUUUGUUCGGAAUUUCCAAUACCCCGCAGGACGGUGUAAAAUGCUCGAGUUUGCGAGACCGUUGCAGAACAUUCUGCGCAUUAAGCAGAUCAAUUCGACCGAUCUCGUAUGGCGGCUGCAUUGCCGCGCAACAGUGUAUCUGCUGUUGCUCGCGUGCCUGCUUCUUUCCGCUCGCCAGUACUUUGGUAAUCCGAUCGACUGUGUAAUCGGAAGUGGUACGGUUCCGGCUUCAACGAUGAACGAAUUUUGCUGGAUCAUGGGCACAUACAUUAGCAGCGAUCCGAACUUCGUGUUGGAUAGCACCGACUUGGUGAAGAUCAAUGCCAAGAUUGGCCACAUUCCAGAGAAUGAACGAUCAUAUCAGAAAUACUACCAGUGGGUCGUGUUCAUACUAGCGCUGCAGGCGGGCAUGUUUUCGCUGCCUAACUUCCUCUGGAAGGCUUGGGAAGGUGGCCGUUUGCAGUCACUAUGCGAUGGUUUAACUUCACCGCUCGUGCCUGAACAGUGGGAAAAAUCACGCAAGAAGCAACUGAUCACUCAUCUGGUGGCAGAAUUUCCACGCUUGCACCGUACGUACCUGUUACGCUAUUGUUUCUGCACGCUGCUAAACUUCUGCAACGUGUUGCUGAACAUUGUCCUGCUGAAUGUGAUCUUUUCCGGCUUCUGGACAAAUUAUCAUCCCGCCGUAACGGCAUUACUAUCGUUCGAUUUUCCCUCCUGGAACCGGUACAAUUCGCAAAUGUUUCCAAAGAUUGCCAAAUGUGACUUCCAUUUCAUUGGACCAAGCGGUUCGAAGCAGAACCGGGAUGGACUCUGUCUGCUGUCGCUGAACGUAGUGAAUGAGAAAAUCUUUGCCUUUCUCUGGGUGUGGUUCCUGAUGCUGCUGCUAAUAUCGGCGCUCAAUCUGCUCUACUGGGUAGUGGUGCUGUGCAGCAAAAGUUUUCGUCUGUGGCUUUUGGCUGCCCCACUGUACCCGAUGCGCUCAGCAAUGGUGUCCCGAGCGCUAGAAGGACAAGGCAUCGGGAAGUGGUUCCUGUUGCAUCAGCUGUGCCGUAACCUGAACCCGAUCGUCUGCCGGGAACUGUUGCAAAGCCUGUCGAAAGUGAAAAACAGCAACAGCAAAUCGUACCGAAUGGGAAAGGGAGGCGAACCGGACUUUUACACCGAUCCGGAAGGAUUCGCCGAGGAGGAUGUGUAACGAUUGCGCAACGCAUGCUUAAGGACGCCGAGCGAAAUGCGCAAGCGCGAGCAUUCAAGCUGUUGAAAUCACUGGUUAUUUUACUAGCUAAGGUAGAAGAGUGGCCAACAAUCCUCUGCAACGUAUUCAUUCCAAAUGUAUCUUCAUUCCACCGUGCUGUAUCGGGAAUUUUCAUUAUUUUCUUCAAUUGUUUCAUUCUACCAUACUAACGUUAUUUAUGCAAUUUGGUUUCACGUACGAUAUAUGCGAUCGUAUGCGGAAGUUUCCACAAAUUCGCUAUCGAUCGAAUACUCUGAAUCUGAUUACUGCUAAGGUGCCUUUAACAAGUAAGAGAAGAAAACGACAGGGAUUUGAGACUCGUUAGAAAUUAAAUAAUUGCAUCUGUGAAUUUUGUUGCAUUCGUAACAGUUUAAAUAAGUGGCAUUAAUGUACAUAAGUUUGGGUUUUCGGCAAAUUAUUUCUCAGAGUAAAUAAAGCGCACACAUCGUUGUUGUUUAUAGAAACA